UCGCCUACAUAAACAGCUUCGAUCGUACUCAGACUCAGUAGCUGAACACUCGUCAGUCGUCAAGAUGGCCACUUCACUGCUCGUGGCCGUGGCCGUGGCCGCGCUCCUCCUGUGCUCGUGUGCAAUGUCUAUCGUCGUCGGCUCGUCGCUCUCCGGUGGUGCAAGCGGCGACGUGGAGACGAUGCAGAGCACGGCGGCAGCGGCAGAAGUCGACGAUGGCUGGAGAGGUAUGGCGAGGGGACUCGGGGGAGCGAGGUCGCUGGGGCAGAGAGUGCCGGAGAAGGCGCCGCCUCCUCCGAAGCCAAACAAGUAUGCGGGGGCGAGGCCUUCACGGCCUCCGCCGCCUCCACCGCCUCCGUUUGUGCGCUUCGCCGGGCUGAAUGUGCUCUGAAAGCUUUGUGUUGCUAGUUCUCUAAAUUUCCAAAUCAGGAUCAAGUUAGCACUACUGUGUUGCAUGAACGCCGAGUUGUUAUC